UUUUUUUCUAGCAGAUUAUCAUUCCCGACGAUCUCCAUUGUUUUCCUCCCCGUCUCUCUCUCUAGAGCUUCCAUGGCGAGAGAGCAAGAACCUUCACGCGCCACACACGCCGAAUAUUACACAGACGAAGAGAGCAGCGAAGAGAGCAACACGGAAGACGAGGAGGAGGAGGAGGAGGAGGAGGAGGAGGAGGAGGAAGAAGAAGAGGCGCCGUACAACGAGGAGGCGGAAAUGACGAGGUCAUCGUCGUUGUCGUCACGCGUCGGCCGGAGGAGCGUGAAGCUGACGCACCAGAAGAGGAGAUUCCGGUCGGAUAACUGGAAUCUGGGUCGGGUACUGGACCCGAGAUCGAAAUGGGUUCAGGAAUGGAACAAAAUAUUCCUCCUGGUGUGUGCCACGGGACUCUUCGUGGACCCACUGUUCUUCUACACCCUAUCAGUGAGCGACACGUGUAUGUGCCUGCUCAUCGACGGGUGGCUCGCGAUCACCGUCACGGCCAUCCGGUCCAUGACCGACCUCUUGCACCUUUGGAACAUGUGGCUCCUCCUCAAGAUGGCCAAGCGCCGGUGGCCCCACGGCGGCUUCUCCACCGCAGGCGACGAUGUCGGGACACGUGGCGAGAUGUCGAGACGUGUGGCUCUUGGGUACGUUAAGUCGAAGAAAGGGCUCUUCUUCGAUCUCUUCGUCAUCUUACCACUUCCUCAGGUGGUGUUGUGGGUGGUGGUACCUUCUCUUUUAGAGAGAGGGUCCGCAACAACGGCGAUGACGGUGUUGCUCAUAACAUUCCUGGGCAUUUACAAAUUGAUUUAACAUCCCCAAUCUGAUUUAAAAUCGAUUCAAAAUGAGACGCAUAUGACUCUUACCUCCGGCUACAUCUUCGGCACCAUCUGGUGGGGCAUCGCCCUCAACAUGCUCGCUUAUUUCGUCGCCUCCCACGCGGCAGGAGCGUGCUGGUACUUGUUGGGGCUACAGAGGAUAGAGAAAUGUCUGAAGGAGCAGUGCAGAGGAACGAUGGGGUGCGACAUAAGGAUGCUGUCAUGUAAAGAGGCGGUGUACUACGGGACAUCGUCGUCAAUGGUGAGGGACAGGAUGAGAUUGGAAUGGGCGGAGAACAAACAAGCGAGGUCUACUUGCUUGGACGUCAACACCAGCUACACUUUCGGCGUUUUCCAAUGGACCCUUCAGCUCGUCGCUAACGAGAGCCGCUUGGAGAAAAUCCUCUUCCCCAUCUUUUGGGGUCUCAUGACUCUCAGCACGUUUGGGAAUUUAAACAGUACAACAGAGUGGACCGAGGUUGUCUUCAACAUCAUUAUCCUGACAAGUGGGCUCUUGCUGGUGACAAUGUUGAUCGGUAACAUCAAGGUGUUUUUGCAUGCAACAACGUCCAAGAAGCAAGCAAUGCAGCUGAAGAUGAGGAACAUAGAAUGGUGGAUGAAGAAGAGACAACUACCCCAAGGGUUCAGACAACGGGUCCGUAACUACGAGCGUCAGAGAUGGGCCGCCAUGCGAGGCGUCGACGAGUACGAGAUGGUCCGCGACCUUCCCGAAGGCCUUCGUCGGGACAUUAAGUACCAUCUUUGCCUGGACUUAGUCCGACAGGUGCCGUUGUUUCAACACAUGGAUGAUCUGGUGCUGGAAAACAUAUGUGAUCGUGUCAAGUCACUCAUCUUCACCAAGGGAGAAAUAAUCCAAAAGGAGGGCGAUCCGGUGCAAAGAAUGCUGUUCGUAGUGAGGGGACACCUACAAAGCAGCCAAGUACUGAGAGACGGCGUCAAGAGCUGUUGCAUGUUAGGUCCGGGGAAUUUCAGCGGCGACGAGCUCUUGUCUUGGUGCCUGCGGCGUCCUUUCGUGGAGAGGCUGCCGCCCUCGUCCUCUACGCUCGUCACCCUCGAAACCACCGAAGCUUUCGGCCUAGAAGCCAGUGAUGUCAAGUACGUUACGCAACAUUUCAGGUACACUUUUGUCAACGAAAAGGUUAAACGGAGCGCUCGCUAUUACUCCCCGGGAUGGCGUACGUGGGCCGCCGUCGCUAUCCAAUUGGCGUGGCGAAGGUACAAGCAUAGGUUAACAUUGACGUCCUUGUCGUUCAUAAGGCCUCGGAGACCGUUGUCGAGAUGUUCGUCACUGGGGGAGGAUAGACUUAGGCUGUAUACCGCUAUGUUAACCUCUCCCAAACCCAACCCCGACCAUUUCGAUUAUUGAAUUGUAAUCCUUUACCGCUGUCCCAAUUUCAAUUUUUAACAUACUAUGUUAUGGACAUUCAUAUAUGCUCAUAUAUAUAUAAAUUCGAUCCAUUGCGUGAUUUUA